AUGGGUCUCCAGGAGAUGUUCUGCUUCCCCCUGGGGCUCCUGUUUGGCUCUGUGCUCUUGGUGGCCUCAGCCCCGGCCACUCUCGAGUCUUCUGGCUGCAGCGAGAAGGAGCAACAGGUCACCGUCAGCCACACCUACAAGAUUGAUGUGCCCAAGUCCGCCCUGGUCCAGGUGGGGGCUGACCCUCAGCCCCUCCGUGACGAUGGAGGCUCACUCCUGGCCCCAGGGGAGGCUGAGGAACAGAAUAUCAUCUUCAGGCACAACAUCCGCCUGCAGACGCCCCAGAAGGACUGCGAGUUAGCAGGCAGCAUCCAGGACCUCCUGGCUCGGGUGAAGAAGCUGGAGGAAGAGAUGGCGGAGGUGAAGGAGCGGUGUAGUGCCCAGCUCUGCUGCCCGGGAGCUGCUGGUCUGAGCCGCCAUUGCAGCGGCCACGGGACCUUCUCCCCGGACACCUGCAGCUGCCACUGCGAGCAGGGCUGGGAGGGCGCCGACUGCGAGCGGCCCGCCUGCCCCGGCGCGUGCAGCGGCCACGGGCGCUGCGUGGACGGCCGCUGCCUGUGCGAGCAGCCCUACGUGGGGGCCGACUGCACCUACCCCGCCUGCGCGGAGAACUGCAGCGGACACGGCGUGUGCGUGCGCGGCGUCUGCCAGUGCCACGAGGACUUCACGUCUGAGGACUGCAGCGAGCGGCGCUGCCCCGGCGACUGCAGCGGCCACGGCUUCUGCGACACGGGCGAGUGCUACUGCGAGGAGGGCUUCACCGGCCUCGACUGCGCCCAGGUGGUCUCCCCCCAGGGCCUGCAGCUGCUCAGAAGCACAGAGGAUUCGCUGCUGGUGAGCUGGGAGCCCUUCAGCCAGGUGGACCACUACCUCCUCAGCUACUACCCACUGGGGAAGGAGCUCUCUAUCAAGCAGAUCCAAGUGCCCAAGGAGCAGCACAGCUAUGAGAUCCUUGGCUUGCUGCCUGGAACCAAGUACAUAGUCACCCUGCGCAACGUGAUGAAAGAGAUUUCCAGCAGCCCACAGCAUCUACUCGCCACCACAGAUCUUGCCGUGCUUGGCACUGCCUGGGUGACGGAUGAGACUGAGAACUCCCUCGAUGUGGAGUGGGAGAACCCCCCGACCAGGGUGGACUACUACAAGCUGCAGUAUGGCCCCCUGACAGGGCAAGAGGUGGCCGAGGUCAGCGUGCCCAAGAGCAGCAACCCCAAGAGCCGGUACGACAUCACGGGUCUGCAGCCGGGAACAGAAUAUAAGAUCGCAGUCGUCCCCAUGAGGGGAGACCUCGAGGGCAAGCCGAUUCUCCUGAAUGGCAGGACAGAAAUUGAUAGUCCAACCAAUGUGGUCACUGAUCGAGUGACAGAAGACACAGCGAUGGUCUCCUGGAACCCAGUCCAGGCUGUCAUUGAUAAGUAUGUGGUGCGCUACAUCUCCACUGACGGGGAGACGAAGGACACAGCUGUGCACAGGGAGCAGAGCAGCACCGUCCUGACGGGCCUGAAGCCGGGAGAGGUGUACAAAGUCUACGUGUGGGCUGAGAGGGGCAACCAGGAGAGCAAGAAGGCCGACACCAAGGCCCUCACAGAAAUUGACAGCCCCCAAAACCUGGUGACCAACGGGGUGACAGAGAACACGGUCACCGUCUCCUGGGACCCAGUGCAGGCCGUGAUUGACAGGUACCUGGUGCGCUACACCUCUGCUGACGGAGACUCCGGGGAGGUUCCGGUGGGGAAGGAGCAGAGCAGCACCGUCCUGACGGGCCUGAGGCCGGGCGUGGAGUACACGGUCCACGUGUGGGCCCAGAAGGGGGACCAGGAGAGCAGGGAGGCCGACACCAAGGCCCCGACAGACAUUGACAGCCCCCAAAACCUGGUGACCGACCAGGUGACAGAGAACACGGCCACUGUCUCCUGGGACCUGGUACAGGCCGUGAUUGACAGGUACCUGGUGCGCUACACCUCUGCUGACGGAGACUCCGGGGAGGUUCAGGUGGGGAAGGAGGAGAGCAGCACCGUCCUGACGGGCCUGAGGCCGGGCGUGGAGUACACGGUCCACGUGUGGGCCCAGAAGGGGGACCGGGAGAGCAGGAAGGCCGACACCACGGCCCCGACAGACAUUGACAGCCCCCAAAACCUGGUGACCGACCGGGUGACAGAGAACACGGCCACCGUCUCCUGGGACCCAGUGCAGGCCGUCAUCGACAAGUACCUGGUGUGCUACACCUCUGCUGACGGAGACUCCGGGAAGGUCCUGGUGGGGAAGGAGCAGAGCAGCACCGUCCUGAUGGGCCUGAGGCCGGGCGUGGAGUACACGGUCCACGUGUGGGCCCAGAAGGGGGACCGGGAGAGCAGGAAGGCCGACACCACGGCCCUGACAGACAUUGACAGCCCCAAAAACCUGGUGACCGACCAGGUGACAGAGAACAUGGCCACUGUCUCCUGGGACCCGGUGCAGGCCGUGAUCGACAGGUACCUGGUGCGCUACACCUCUGCUGAUGGAGACUCCGGGGAGGUUCCAGUGGGGAAGGAGCAGAGCAGCACCGUCCUGACGGGCCUGAGGCCGGGUGUGGAGUACACGGUCCACGUGUGGGCCCAGAAGGGGGACCGGGAGAGCAGGAAGGCCGACACCACGGCCCCGACAGACAUUGACCCUCCCCAAAACCUUCAUCCGUCUGCUGUAACACAGUCUGGUGGGGUAUUGACCUGGACACCCCCCUCUGCUCAGAUCGAUGGCUAUAUUCUGACCUACCAAUUCCCAGAUGGCACUGUCAAGGAGGUGCAGCUUGGAAGAGGGGACCAGAGGUUUGAGUUGCAAGGCCUUGAGCAGGGUGUCACCCUCCCUGUCUCCUUGGUUGCCUUUAAGGGUGAUCGCCGGAGCAGGAGUGUAUCCACCACCCUUUCCACAGUUGGUGCCCGUUUUCCACACCCUUCGGACUGCAGUCAAGUUCAGCAGAAUAGCAACGUCGCCAGUGGUCUCUACACCAUCUACCUGCACGGGGAUGCCAGUCGGCCCCUGCAGGUGUACUGUGACAUGGACACGGAUGGAGGCGGCUGGAUCGUCUUCCAGAGGCGGAACACGGGGCAGCUGGAUUUCUUCAAGCGCUGGCGGACCUACGUGGAAGGCUUCGGGGACCCCAUGAGGGAGUUCUGGCUUGGACUCGACAAGCUACACAACCUCACCACAGGCACGCCCACCCGCUAUGAGGUGAGAGUGGACUUACAGACUGCCAGCGAGUCUGCCUAUGCCAUAUAUGACUCCUUCCAAGUAGCCUCCAGCAAGGAGCGGUACAGGCUGACGGUUGGGAAAUACAGAGGCACAGCAGGGGACGCUCUUAGUUACCACAAUGGAUGGAAGUUUACAACCUUUGACAGAGACCAUGAUAUCGCCCUCAGCAACUGUGCCCUGACGCAUCAUGGCGGCUGGUGGUACAAGAACUGCCACUUGGCCAACCCUAAUGGCAGAUACGGGGAGACCAAGCAUAGUGAGGGGGUGAACUGGGAGCCAUGGAAAGGACAUGAAUUCUCCAUUCCUUUUGUGGAGUUGAAGAUCCGCCCUCAUGGCUACAGCGGGGAGCGUGUCCUGGGCAGAAAGAAGCGAACACUGGGAGAAAAUUCGAGAACAUUCUGA